AUGGCGUCAGCAGACGAACUAUGUCAGCAGCUAGUGCAGAAGCUGAGUCUCACCGAGGCGCCGCUCAACUCGAUCGCCUUCGCCAGUGAGGCCUCGGUGGACCACCAGAAGGUGGUCGGCGCUGUCAAGUCCUUGCAGUCGAUGAACCUCAUUGAAGCUGACCAGCUCGAAUCGAAACGUCUCGCUCUGACGGCUGAAGCCGAGCAAAUAGUGGCCAAUGGAAGCCACGAGUUUCUGGUAUGGAGUGCCCUGCCUGCGGAAGGAGGCAUCGAGCAGGCGGAGUUGACCAAGAAGAUCAACAAUGCCAACGUCGCCAAGCUGGGCUUCUCCAAAGCAAUGACCAACAAGUGGAUUGCCAUUGACAAGAGCUCUGGAAAGCCGAUCGUCAGCCGAAAGGCAGCAGAUGUCGUCGAUGAGGUCCAGCAGCUUCUUCAACUAGUCAAGAAUAAUGCCGUUGACAAAUUGAGUGAACAACAAAAGACUGAUUUGAAGAAAAGAAAGCUGAUAUCUGAAAUAACUGAAAAAAGUUACAAUGUACGCAAGUCCGCCACUUUCACAACAAACAUUGAAAAGCCUGAAACAGACAUCACGCCGGAAAUGAUCGCAAAAGGCACUUGGAAGACAAAACAGUUCAAAGACUACAAUUUUGAUGCAAAGGGCAUUCCACCUGAGUGUGGCCACCUUCACCCCCUGCUCAAAGUUCGCGAACAGUUUCGGCAGAUUUUCUUUGAACUUGGCUUCGUGGAGAUGCCCACCAACAACUACGUGGAGAGCUCUUUCUGGUGCUUUGAUACGCUGUUUGUUCCUCAGAAACACCCUGCUCGCGACCUGCAGGACACCUUCUUCCUCAGUGAGCCCGCAGAGUGUGGGGACAUUCCCGCCGAGUAUAUGGCUCGAAUAAAGGAGACACACGAAAAUGGCGGACAAACCGGCUCACAGGGAUACCAAAUGGAGUGGAAAACGUCGGAGGCGAAGAAGAACGUACUGCGCACCCACACCACCGCUGUCAGUGCGCGAAUGCUCUACAAAGUUGGUCAGGAGUACCAGAAGCAGCUAGUGUCAGCGGGCGGAGACGGCGGCAAAGUGGAGUUCAAACCGGUCAAAUUCUUUUCCAUCGACAAAGUCUUUCGCAAUGAAACCCUCGAUGCCACCCACUUGGCGGAGUUUUGCCAAAUUGAGGGCGUCGCUGCCGGUCGAAACCUCUCUCUCGGUCAUCUGAUGGGAAUGAUCAAGGAGUUCUUCGUCAAGCUGGGCAUUGCCGAUUUGCGCUUCAAGCCAACCUAUAACCCCUACACUGAGCCCUCGAUGGAAAUGUACAGCUGGCAUCCCGGUCUGAAGAAAUGGGUGGAAAUUGGCAACUCUGGCGUCUUUCGCCCUGAGAUGAUCCGUCCGAUGGGCCUGCCAGAGGACGUCAAUGUCCUCGGAUGGGGCCUCGGCCUGGAGCGACCAACGAUGAUUAAAUAUGGUAUUGAUAACAUUCGAGACCUGGUGGGACACAAGGUCGACCUGCAGAUGGUCUACGAUAGUCCGGUCUGCGUUCUUCACAAUGACCUAACCAAGGACUCUGCUAGUUUAUAA